GUCAGUCAGUUUGCAGCGAGCCGUGGUCAGUGCAGUGUCGUUGUUGUUGUUGUAGUAGUUGCUCGUCGUCGCCGCCGCCGCCUUCGUUCCGUCAUCCUCCCCCGCAUACGUCGACUACUCAGUCGCUGCUUCCGACAAAACAGUUGUUGUUUUCAACGUGAUGUGAACGCCGCAAUAGCAAUUGUAGUUAUAGUAGUGAACAGCAGUAGACGAGAAUCGGAAAGGACGGGUAUAAUAAUAAGACUACGCAAACACAGCAUAGAGGAGUUAGUGAAGAAAGAAAGAGAAGGACGAUUAGGAGAAGAGAAGUAGAUUUAAGAGAGAAAUAUGAUGGAGGAUCCGACGCAGGUGUUGUUCACCGAGCUGCCGGUCCCGCUGCUGUCGACUGCCGCCCUCCUCAGACACCACCACCAUCAUCAGCAACAACAGCAGCACCAACACCAUCAUCACCAUCACCACACGACGCGGUUCCAGCCGUACCAUAGGCUGCACCAGCCGCAGCACUUCCACGCAACGCCUGUCCAAGAGUUACACUACCUUCAGCAGCGCGAGAUCCCUGAGGAACAGGCGGAGGCCAUCGACCCGGAUCAGACGCACAUUACCAGCCUUUACCCCGAGAUAUUGGCCAUCAUCUUCGGGUAUCUGGAGGUGCGGGACAAGGGUCGCGCUGCUCAGGUGUGUUCCAGAUGGAGAGACGCAGCCUACCACAAAUGCGUAUGGCGAGGGGUCGAAGCUAAGCUGCACCUGCGGAGAGCCAACCCCUCGCUGUUCGCCUCGCUCGUCAAACGCGGCAUCAAGAGGGUGCAGGUGCUUUCGCUGCGGCGAUCACUUCGAGACGUCAUGCAAGGCAUUCCCAACUUGGAGUCUUUGAAUCUGAGCGGUUGCUACAACGUGGCCGACGUUGGAAUCUCACAUGCCUUCAUCGCCGAUUCACCAUCCCUCACCGAGCUGAACCUAUCGUUAUGCAAGCAGGUGACUGAUAACUCGCUAAGUCGCAUCGCCCAGUACCUGAAGAACCUGGAAGUGCUCGAGAUGGGCGGCUGCUGUAACGUCACCAACACCGGCCUCGUGCUCAUCGCCUGGGGCCUGAAGAAGCUGAAGAAACUCAACCUCCGAUCGUGUUGGCACGUGAGCGAUCAAGGUAUUGGUCAUUUGGCCGGUAUCAAUCAGGAUUCGGCAGGCGGCAACCAGUCGCUCGAACACCUAGGUCUUCAAGAUUGCCAAAGACUUUCCGAUGAGGCGUUGAAACACGUCUCCACCGGCCUGACCUCCCUCAAGUCCAUAAACCUCAGCUUCUGCGUCAGCAUCACCGACAGCGGUUUGAAGCACUUGGCGAAGAUGGUUUCGCUGCGAGAACUGAACCUACGCUCCUGCGACAACAUCUCCGACAUCGGUAUGGCUUACCUCGCGGAGGGCGGCUCCAGGAUCUCUUCGUUGGAUGUGUCGUUCUGUGAUAAAAUUGGGGACCAAGCGCUCGUGCACAUCUCGCAGGGUCUCUUCAACCUGAAAAGUUUGUCGCUGAGUGCGUGCCAGAUCACCGACGACGGCCUCGCCCGCAUCGCCAAAACCCUGCACGACCUGGAGACCCUCAACAUCGGACAGUGCGCCAGGAUAUCCGACAAGGGACUUCAGACCAUCGCCGAAUCUCUGACCAGGCUCAAGUGCAUAGACCUUUACGGCUGCACGAGAAUAACCACCGUCGGCCUCGAAAGGAUUAUGAAAUUACCGCAGCUUAGUAUUCUUAAUUUAGGACUCUGGCAUGUUAGGUGAAACUCGAAGCCCUAGUAGGUAGGAGAGCGUUAAGUAAUAUGCCUUAUCUCCAUAACGCAUUUUUGUGGUCGCCGAUGACCCUUUUUUACAUUCAUUCAUUCCCAUCUCCAAAAUAUU